AUGGUCUGUGUAGCCCUGUCAGGUUGUCUUAGGACCACUCUUACAGCUGCUCUAGAGAGCUUACUUGGGUUUCUUCCAUUGAAUCUACGCAUUGAAGUUGAAGCUCAGAAAGGCAUAAAGCGUCUUAUGCACCUUGGCCUAUGGAAAGAGUAUUCCAAACACUUGUCAUGGGGACAUCUUGUCUCACAAGUGGUGGAUAUACCCUCUUUUAACAUGCCUAAAGAAUGGUUUAAUUCUCCUUGGUGGCUUAAAGGCAAAUGUCUAAUAUGGUACACUGAUGGCUCAAAGAUUGGUGCUAAAUCAAGAGCAGGGAUCUGUUGCUCCAAUGAUGGUACCAAACUUCACUUUCCUUUGGGAAACUAUGCCACUGUUUUUCAGGCUGAGGUCUAUGCCAUUAUCUUGUACUGUAAGAUAUGCUUAGACAAGGGAUAUCAAAAUACGACCAUACGCAUCUGUUCUGACAGUCAGGCUGCUCUCCUAUCACUGUCAAGGUGUAAAUUCACCUCUUUGUUAGUGUGGGAAUGCUUCACGGUCCUCUGUGACUUAUCCACUCAUAACAAGGUAUCCCUGCAUUGGGUACCUGGACAUAUGGGAAUCGGUGGAAAUGAGCUAGCUGAUGAAGAGGCACGAGCUGGCUCUAAUGCAAUUUUCUGGGGCCCUGAACCUGCACUGGGAAUUCCUCCCACCUCAUUUAGGGCGUCCAUUUUCAAGCUCUAUGGUUAA